GGAAGCGGAAGUGACGUGCCCCUGGCGCUUGCGCCCUGCCCGGUGUUUACUGACCGGGAAGGUCACCCACGUGGGGGUGCGGCUCAGAGUCGGUGCGAGGAGAUGCUGGGCGCGUUGCCGUCCCCGGGGCCCACCGGGCGGCGCUCGGCGCUGGCGGCUCUGGGGGCAGCGGCCGCCGCGCUCAGGCCCUUCCUGGGCGGCCUCCCCGGCUGCCGAGCUCCCCGGCGCGGCCUGGGCCAGGAGCCGCGGCAGCGCCCGGACUCCCGGCUCCAGCUGCGGCUCCCGGAGGCGGCCGAGGCGGCGCGGCUGGUCCUGGAGAGGGCGCGGCGCUCCCCCCCGCUGCGCAGGUUCAUCGCCUGCCCCGACCUGGCCCGCGCCGUGCGCGCGAGCCUGGAGUGUGGCCCGGCCCCUGGCCCCGAGCCCGUCGUCCUGGAGUGCGAGCCGGGUCCUGGAGUCUUGACCCGGACGCUACUCAAUGCAGGUGCCCGAGUGGUAGCUCUGGAGAGUGACAGAGCUUUCCUUCCAGAUUUACAGUCUCUGGAGAACAGCCUACGUGGACAAUUAGAAGUUGUUUAUUGUGACUUCUUCAGAUUGGACCCUUUGGGCUGUGGAUCUAUGAAACCACCUGCUAUGUACUCUGAGAAACUUUUUGAAAAUUUGGGCAUCUUGGCAGUUCCUUGGACAGCAGAUGUUCCUGUAAAAAUUAUUGGAUUCCUUCCCCAAAAAAAGGAAAGAAACACUCUUUGGAAGUUUAUCUUUGUCAUGUAUGAACGCAGUUCCAUAUACAGAUAUGGAAGAAUAGAACUGAACAUGUUUGUUAGUGAAAAAGAGUACAAGGUAUUGACUGCAAAACCUGGUGAACUAAGGAGUUAUCAAGCAUUAAGUGUACUAUGGCAAACUGCCUGUGAAAUUCAGCUUCUCCACAUGGAACCUUGGUCUUCGUUUUUGACUAAUUCAAAAACCAGGGGACUUGCAAUACCAAAGAGCAUGCUGCUGCCAAACGACCACUUAUGUUUAGUACGAAUGACCCCACGGAGGAAUUUAUUUACAGGUGGCAUGACAACCACAAAUUCAUCUACUUUUAUUCAUAUGGUAAAACAGUGUCUUACUAAACGCAAGUCUAAACUAAUUGAUAAACUUAACUCAUGGAGUCCAGACAGUGGGAGUAAACUGUUAAGGGAGCUAGAAAUACCGGAAAACAUUAUAACAGGCAAUUUGUACCCAGAAGAGUACAGACGCCUUUUUGAAGCUAUGGAACACUCUAAAGAAUUUAGUCAAAGCUGGCUCUAUGAUGAAGUCUUGGAAAAUAACAGGAACAUAAAUUUUUAAAUCUAAACCUGUUGGUUUUGAAACAAAUUAUUUGUUUCAGUGACUAUAUUGUGAUGCAAAUAAUAAGAAAUGGGCUCAAAAUCUUAGAAUUCCAUCAGUAAAGAUUAUGUUGUGCCCUGCACAAAUCAGAAGAUAAAGUUGCAUGAGCUGCAACAGCCUGUCUACAUGGGAAAAAACUGUUUAAACCAUGGAUAGGCAUGGCAGUUAACAGGUUGUUCUGUGUGCAUGGGAUUGAAGUCAACCGUUGCAUCUUCUCCAGCAGCAUAAUGGCAACUGUUGUUGCUCUUGGAAAUAUGGCACAAAAUGUACUGCCUUUUUUGCUACUCUACUGUAUAUUUGUUAUAUUUUAAAUAAUAUGAGACCAAAUACUUGUGCAAUUUGGAGUUGGGUGUCAGAAUACUUAAUUAUUAUGAUUAACUCUUUCACAGUGCCCCAAAAUGUUUAGACCCUUUACAAGUAUAAGACCUAUUUUCCUUCUCCCUGGCCUAAGGAACAUAGUCUAAAAUUGAUAUGAUACAAUAAUAGUUAUGAACAAAGGGGUGAGGAAAAAUGGGAGAGUCGAAAACAACAGUAGAAUAAUAUGGGUACUCAGGUUAGUUAUGUGUGUUUCUUGUUUUAAUGUAUGCUCUGCAUUAUAUAUGUCUACUAGAGCUGAUGCGGUGGGGAGAGAGGAAUAUUCAUAGUAAUUUUUAAAAAUUGAAAUUUCAAAAUUCAGAAGAUGUUGAUCACUCUUCUACAUACCCUGCCACCCAUCCACAUGCAUAUAGUCUGCUAUCUUAUUUGCAUUUAAAAUUUUUCCUCCAGACCUUUGAACAUUGUAUAAACCAUGAAAAUUGUCUCUUCCCCACAACCUAUGCCCUUUAUAUAAUUGUUAAAAUGUGUGUAUAUUAUAUGUAUAUAAGCACAACCCACUAAAAAUUUUUUCCUAGCCAGAGUACUGUUUACACUCUCCUCAGCCACUAUUCUCCCUCAUUAACCAACUCUUUCCUCUUUACAUCUGGUGUUGGGGCUGGUGGGAGGUGUCAAGGAGUGUUCCUGUAAGUGUCCAGGUACAAGACAACAGCAUAUCUGUUAAGUAUAGGCUUGGGUGGCUCAGAUACUGGGAAGUUGUGCUGCUUCAGCCUCUGCUAAUGGAGAAGUGUGUCUUGAUUCUCCAGGAGGGAUGGUAGGAGGCAGUGACUGGGCCAUUAUCCCUGCCCUAUUACUGCCGUCCCUGCUACUGGAGAUAAUCUGCGGACGAUCUUUUGCAAUACUUAAGUGCUGAAACUGCCAGAGGACUGUUUCAUGCAAUCUCCGUUCCAUCCUACAGCAUUAACUAUGUCCUGGAGUAAUUCUUGCAUAUUGGGAUUAUCUUCCCAUUUACACCUUUCCUGACUCUUAUAUAUUAUAAGAAUCUGUAUUUACAAGGUGAUCACCAUUGCUGAGUUAGCAUAUAACAGGAGCAAUUUAGUUUCUGCUGUAGCAGUAAUAGGUGAUAACUGAAUGUUCUUGCUGAUGCAGCCAGCCAGCAAGAGUUAAUAUCGUAACUCCUCCUGUGCGUUUUUUUUCUCGGGCAUCAAAUGCCUGGUUCUUGUUGCAGCAAGAUAUCUGCACUAAGUCAAGAUGCUAAAGAAUAAAGGGGAGAUUGUCAUUAUAGAGUGACUGACUGAUUUACCUGUGUUAUUGAUAACACUAAAAUAUGUGAGCAGUGAAUUGGAAAAAAAUAAUUGACUGUCACUCUUAGUGCUAUUUGUUUACAAAACAAUAAGGCAGUGCACACACUCCAGGAGUCCGUACAUGGUAUAGUGGUUGGAGCAGGGGAUUGGGAAUUAGCAGAUGUGAGUUCUGUUCCUGGCUCUGCCAUUAACUCUAACCUUGGGCAUGUCUUUGUCCCUUUAUGUAAAAUGGGGAGAAUGAUGCCUGCCUUUGUAAAGUGAGAUCCCAAAAGGUGCAAUAAAUGUAAAAUACUGGGCUUUAUAGCAGUCAACUUGGACAUCAAAACUAAAGUGUCUAUAGCUUCACUUUAAUCAUAGAAUCUUAGAAUCUCAGGGUUGGAAGGGACCUCAGGAGGUCAUCUAGUCCAACCCCCUGCUCAAAGCACUAGCCCAUUGUUGCAAUGAUCUAUUGCUGACUGCCAUAUAGCAAUGGUAUAAUGAUUAUAUUGGUCUGUUUACCAUUAAUAUUAGAGUAAAUGCAACAACUAAGUGUUCUUUUCUAAUUUUUUUUUUACCCAGAGUCCAUGUGGAAGGAUUGUAUAUUUAUAAAGAAGUCCUUGUUCCAUACCAGUGUAGGGUCCUUCCAGCACUUUUAAGGCAGCACAGUAGUUGGUGCUUUUGUAUAUACUCUGGCAUAUGUGGGCCUUACUUAGCAGCUGUUCCACAACAUGAUACCAGGGUUACGGUUGGUGAUGAUGUAAUUGAGUUAAUAAGGACAGAAACAGGAGAUGCGUCCAACACAAAGGUGGUUGUAAUUGUGUGGCAAAGAAGAGAGAGGGCUGUAGUCAUGGGACGGUCAUAUCCCAAAUCUUCAGUUUGCAAUAGUUACUUAAUCCAAACAGCAAUUAAAAAUGAUUGGUCAUCUCUUGAGUAUGCCCUUCAAGAUGUAAUGAGAUGAGACUAUUGAUAGGCGUUCUAUUGACAAGUUAAACAAUAUUUCUACUCAGAGGGCUUGAAAUAUAAUAUUGUCUGUCUUGUAAAACAAGUCGUCUUUUGGGAUGAAAAUUGAAUGCUGAUCCAGGCACCUAGUUCUGAUUCUUUGCCAUGGAGGAGAACCAGCUUCAUGUGGAAGUCUGUCUUUAUUUCUGACCAGACUGGGUUCAGCAUGCUCAGUUACUGGGGAGAAAAUAUAUCCGGAUUUUCAAUAGUGUCCUCUGCAGGUGACUAAGGAGCAAUAUCGAUGGGCUUAGAAAGAAGACCCUUGUACUUAGGAUAAUGGUUGUGCUGUGGGAGAAGUAAAGUAGAUCAAAAUGGGGGGUUAUUUCAGGGGACCCACAGAACUGCUCUGAGCAGGGGAACAGGGUGGGAAGAGGAAUUGUGAAAGAGAAUGCUUUGCAUCUCUUGUGUUGAAUUACAAGUAAUAAUUAAUACAUUUAUGUUGUGGAAAAUGUAAGAGAGAAUGAUUCCAGAACAGACCUUGGAUUUGGCCUGACCAUUAGAAAGAAAUAUGUCUCUCAGCCUGCUUUCUCAACCUACUGAGUUUGUGCUAAUUGAAACAGGCCUGCCAGUUCGCAAGCUCUGUGCUAAUUGUAGAAAAAAUAUCCAGAAACAAAGAGUUUGUUCUAAAAGUAACAAGAUAACAGCUGUCCUUUAUGGCUGGUACAACUUUGUUUUCCUAAACUCCAGAAUAAGAUUUGUGAUGAAUAGACUUAUUGAAGUCUGUCAUGUCCCAUUGAUUUUAGAAUGGUUAUAUUAAAGGAUGGGUAGGGGAUAAAAUGCAAAUGUGACAGGAUAUACAUUGGAGUGUAAGUGUGAUUGUAUGUAUGAUUAAAUGAGGAAUUAAAGGUUGAGGUGCCAGCUUUAAAAUAAGACUGUUUGGCUGAAGAAUACAGUAGACAAGAUAGCCUGAUAACCCUGAGGGCAUACUUGCCCCAAGGACAGGAGGGCCAAAGAACCAGAUAACAACAUACUGUCAUUCCGUCAUUGCUGUGCCAUCUGCAUGAUUGAUUACCACUUUAAACAUAAGAACAGCAUGACAAGGCAAAUACAUGAGGAUGGAUCCCUGUAAGAACAUACCCUGAAGACUGAGGACUUUGGGGUCUGAUUCUGCAAACCAACUUCUAGGAGCAUGAGAUGCGCAUCUGACAAGUCCCUGCUCCCUCCUCAUGUCCAGGCCACCUGGCCAGUGGCUUGGCAUGAGCAACUUGAAGGCUGGUAACUAUGAUGAUAACCUUGCAGAAGCUCUGUGUGUGUGUGUGUGUGUGUGUGUGUGUAUGAAUGUGAAAUUGAAUGGAAUGUUAUAGCUAUAACUAACUGCUUUCUUUCUUUUAUUUUAUUUAUUUAUUAUUUCUUUCAUUCCUUUCUUUCUUUCUGUAUUCACAAUGUGGCAUUUUGCCUUAUCCUCUUUAAUAAGAUCCUGCUGUUUUUUAUUUUAUUGGUAUAACAUAUCACUGUAGGGUUUAUUCUGGAAAAAAAACUGCAUUUCACAAAAUAUGAAAUGUACCUGUAUAUUAUAUCAAUUGUUUUAUUAGUUUUUCAAAUAAUUUUAACGAUAAUUCUCAGAAUUUCACAUGCCUAAAUCGUAUGAAAAGAUUUGGUGUCAAGCUGUUUUAUUCUUCAUAUGGAGCAGGGCCCUGCUCUGAUAGCAGGGAGUCAUGUUGCAUGAAAGAGUGGAGCCUAUUACCUGAAGAGAGAGAGGCUCUUAGCAAAAUGAUCCUGUACUUUAGUGCCACGAUAGCCAUGCACAUCACAAAGGAUCAUGGCAGGAUCAGGUAAAGAUAAGAUGUAUCUAUCUAUACACUGAUGUGUCAAGAAGCACAUAAAGGCAGGGAAAAGUUUGAAAUGGCAUUUUGAUUUGUGGAGGAGAUUCUUAAUGAAGGUCUGUAUAAACCGAUGCUGUAGGCUUAAAUAUCUUUUUGACCACUGGUCCAUGACCAGUGCUUAGAACAGGGCCUGAAAGCAUUUCUGUUUGCUCUGCCAAAGUCUUCUUUGGCCUUAGUGACAUAAUUCAUUACAAUUAUGGCUUUAACUUGUUUUAAAUGUUAACUGUUAAAAAGUGUAUUAAAGAAAGCUAAUUCCUCUGCUGCUGUUCUCUCUUUCAAUAAAACGUGAGAAGUCAUUUGAAGCCUAGUCAAAACAGCAGCUCGUGUUGAACCCAGAGGAAGGAACUAAAUCCCAGUAUGAAAUAAAUUGAAGAAAAAUAUCAAGACCUUGUUAUUCAGACAUUUCUCCUCUUAAUUCUGUUUGGCCAUGGUAAGUGCCUUGGAUUGAAACAUUUUUUGAACUAUUGAGAGGCUUAAAGGUAUUGAAAAAAAUAUUCUGAUUCCCAUGCUUUAAUAUCUUGCUUCCCCACUCCCAAAAUUCUGAUGUGAUUUUUAACAAUCAGUAUCUCAAACAACAACAGAUAGUUUAAUGCCAUUUGAAAGCUGGAAUCAGAAGUGGUAAAGCCUUGGAUUUUAGAUGGUAAAGCCUUGGAUUCCAGUUGCACUAUUUGUGAUAGUAGCUACUACGGUAUGUUUGAAUUAAUACCCGGGCUAGAAACAAAUUCUAGCCCUGGUUGCUUUGGAAAUAUGACUAUAAGCCUUUUGCUAGUUCCUUAGAACAGAAAGGCUAUUGUGACCCUGGUUCAGGACUGCAUACAGAUGCAUUCUCUACCUUUUUGUGCUAUGGAUUAGUAUAACUUUAAAUUCCUGGAGGACAUAGUUGGGAAUUUUAGAGAAUUAAAAAUAGCUCCUUGAAAGUGUAGUGAAAUAUAUACUUUAAUUCAGUUUCUUCUUGUAGUUUUCCUUAGAGCAGUGGUCCCCAACGUGGUGCCCAUUGGUGCCAUGGCGCCCGCCAGGGCAUUUAUGUGCGCCCGCCUAGUGCCUAGCAAGGGAGAGAAGCCGCGGCCCCGCACCUGCUGGGGACAGAGUACUCUGGGGCUGCGGGCAGCGGUGUUCUCUGUCUUCGCGGCUUCUCUCUGGAUUCAUAUAUUAUGUAAGAUCAAGUUUAAAUAUGAUGGUUUUUGUAUUAUUUAAUGUACAAAUACAAAUAAGCCUUGAAAAAUUGUUGGCGCCCGCCACACUCUUCUGAAAAUAUGAAUGUGCUACUGGACACACAAAGGUUGGGGACCACUGCCUUAGAGGAAAGUAUACAUGUUACAAGGGAGAGGAGCAUCAAAUUAUGUAAUUCAAAAGUGUAAAUUGGUGAAAUUGGACCAUCUUUUUACCUCACAACAAUGAAAAAGAACACUUAAUUUUAUGACUUCAAAAUAUAUUUUCAUUCUUAAAUCUUAUAAGCAUGUAAACUUUAAAUAAUCAAUUUUGGUAGACACGUGUUGGCUUUACUUAUAUGAUUAUGCAUAUAGUGCCUUAAAUUUGCACUGAGAUGUGUUCCCAUCUCUAAAGAUGGAGAUAGAUUACAGCUACAUACUACUACAUUGUCAGUAGUUUUCAUGCUUUUAGCAGUUCUAGCUGUAAGAUACACCUAAAGAUGACCUGAAAAGGAGAGAGGGAAAAAAAGGGUUGAAGUCUUUAUUUACUGCCUUAUUAUGUGUAAAAGAGGCCUAAAAAUAGGGUGUUGGAAGUUUUGUUUUCCGAAAAGUAUCCGACUUCUUAAAACUUUAAUCCCCAUGCCCCAUCAUGCAUACAUGUAUAAUCAAGCCUAAAAUCGCUUUCAUUUUUCAGAUUUUAUAAAAGCACAGCUAGAAAUCACAUAAAGGAAAUAGAACUACAUAGAUUUGGUGUCAUUUCAUAUCAAGAGAUCAAUAAGUCACCAAAAUACUACACAGAAAGAUAAUUAAUUUAGCGGAGCCUAUA